AUGGGCCCCUGUACCGCCUCCCCAUGCUGCUGCCAGGCCCGUAAUCUGCCAUGGGCCCCCGUACCGACUCCUCAUGCUGCUGCCAGGCCCGUAAUCUGCCAUGGGCCCCUGUACCGCCCCUCAUGCUGCUGCUGCAGGUCCAGAGUGUGUCAUGGGUCCCUGUACGGCCUCCCAUUGCUGCUGUCUCUAUCGCCACACUCUGCCAUGUGCCACUUUCAGGUCUCCUCACACUGCUGGUGGUUUCCAUUUUUGUCAUAGGGUGCUGUAUGGCCUCCCAUUGCUGCUGCCUCCACCGCCACACUGUGGCUCCACACUCUGGUUUUGGCCCCGUGACUGCCCAAAUGAGUGAAGUGUGCGGUGAUUCUAAGAUCGACGGCACUCAUCUGCAUGUCAUACUGCCUGACAGUAUUAUUUCUCUUCCCCAGCAGACUCCAAGGGCAUUUAAAUUAAAGGUACAGUGUUCAGCACUAAUAUUA